AACGAAGCUCCGCCACGGGCUACAUCUGCGAUCAGCGCACUUUUGGCGACAUUAUUUCCGCAUUGAGAGCGAUUCGUGGUCGCAAAAUGCGAGAUGAGUGCGAUAAAAUAGCAACGUGGCGGUCGGAUUUGUGAAGAUUACAGUCAAUAAAGUGCUCUGCACAAGACUGCCUCCUAAUCCCUGUGUGAAAGGGAUGGGCAGUGCACCGGCUCAAUCUGACUUUCUGCAAAAAAAGCUGGGAUGGCAGAGGCUCCCAUGUCAUGUGAUUGUUUUGUAUCCUUGCCCCCUGGCUCUCGCGAUGACCAUGUGAUUUUUGGGAAAAACUCAGACCGUCCCAGAGAUGAGGUGCAGGAGGUGGCCCACUACCCUGCAGCAUCUCACACUCCAGGCUCAAUGCUGGAGUGUACAUACAUCCACAUCCCUCAGGUGGAGCACACCCACGCUGUUGUCCUCAGCAAACCUGCCUGGAUGUGGGGCGCUGAAAUGGGAGCCAACGACCAGGGAGUGUGUAUCGGGAAUGAAGCUGUCUGGACCCGGGAGGCCGUCGCCUCUGGAGAGGCUCUACUGGGCAUGGACCUUGUCAGACUGGGGUUGGAGCGUGGGGACAGUGCCUGGGCGGCUCUGACCGUGAUCACCAGUCUCCUGGAGCAGCAUGGCCAGGGGGGGCAGUGCAGGGAGGACCCCGAGCCCUUCAGUUACCACAACACCUUCCUCCUGGUGGACCGCAAUGAGGCCUGGGUCCUGGAAACUGCUGGUAGGCUGUGGGUGGCUCAGAAGGUCACAGAGGGUGUGAAGAACAUCUCCAACCAGCUGACCAUUGGUACUGAGGUCUCCGCAGAGCACCCAGAGCUGCGGAGCGUGGCCCAGGCUCAGGGCUGGUGGGAUGGUGAAGGAGAGUUCAACUUCUCUCAGGUGUUCAGCCCAGAGAACCCGCCUGCCAGGAUGGAGCUGGCCAAACAGCGCUACAAGGGAGGCACAGAGCUACUCCAGCAACAUGACGGCUCAGUGACAGCAGAAGUGAUGAUUUCUAUUCUGAGGGACAAGCCCAGUGGCAUCUGCAUGGACUCUGGAGGUUUCUGCACCACAGGCAGCAUGGUGUCUGUCCUGCCCAGAGACCCCGGGCAGCCCUGCAUCCACUUCUUCACUGCCACCCCUGACCCCUCCAGGUCUAUAUUCAAGCCUUUUAUCUUCUCGGACUUUUCCAUCCCAGAGUUGAGAGUGGUCUCCCCGCAGUUCGGCCCGGACGACCCUGUCAGGAAGCAGCCUCGCUUUCAGAGCCAGGUGGACCGCAGACAUGACCUGUACAAGGCGCACCAGGUGGCGCUCAACACCAUGGAGACCAACCCGGAUGAGGGUUUAGGUGUCUUUGAGAUUCUGAGGGAGCUGGAGACGCAGUGUCUGAGCGAGAUUUCAGCCAUGCUGAAUGGAGAAAUACCAGGAGAAGAACUGGGAGACUUGUUUUUUGAUUCUGUGGACACAGAGAUAAAAUUCUACCAGUGAAGAGCGCCCUCAGGUGGACAUCCUUAACGCUCGCAGGCCCCUGGACUGUUGAAAACUCCUCGUCUCUUUGGCCUCUGCCUCACAACACACGUCAACACGUCCCUGACACCAUUCCAUCAUUAACACAGACUAAAAAUCGAAACUGCACUUGUGAUUGGAGCAAAUGUAUCAUCUGUAUCACCCAGGGAGAAAUGAGUGCACCUCAUUAGUGAGCAUAAUGAUGUAGACUACACAAGCACCUAUGUAGAGCUGUGUGAAGUUGCACAAAUCUGUGAGUAUGGCAUUUGUCUAAUGUUUUUGUUUGUUGUUGCAAAUGAUUGGGUUGUCAUUUGAUGGCAACCUGUAGGGAAAGAUCAAAUAAAGUGUGUGCAUAGUCGGU